AUCACCAGAUGAUGACCACGGCCAGCCCUUCCUGCACAGGGGCUAUGACAGGGCAUUCGGUUUUGACCUGGGCCCCACAUCCAGCUCUGCCCUGACUCUCGGGUCCACCCUGGAAAAGUCAGGAGACACCCAGGGAAAGAAGGCAAUGGCCUCCUCCCGCCUUGUUGUUCCGUGGCCAGCAGCGACGCUGGAGCAUCCACUUAACCCCCAACAAAUCCUCCCGUGCCAGGGACUGAGGGGUUGGUGGGGGGCAGCCCCUGCGCUCCCAGAGCUCACAUUCCACGGGGCUGUGCACCAAAGCAAGGCCUGUCGGACAUAGUUAAAAGCACCCGAUUCUCUUGACAUCAGACUCAAUCUUCUGGGAAGAUCCCCCUCCCCUUGGCCUCCCCUGAUACAACUGAACAGAGCUCCAGAAAGACACAGUUGGCAAGUUAUCCACCACUUCCCCCCUCACUUCCUUGGUCAGAAAGAUGGGGAUACUGAGAGGACCUGUGCCAUAGGAUAGUUCUAGCUGAUACAUGAGGAUGCCAGUGCAGAGCCCAGUAGCACACGGCGUAGCCAUUCAGAUCAACUGGCAUCUACUGAGGGCUGCUACAUCAGUUCCUUUUCCCCAGAAUACUCCAUGCAUGC